CAAUCACUAGUGUGCCGACGCACUGCAUUCCCAAAAUUCUUCGAAGCGUAGCCUGUCAAUGUCGCUUUCCACAUCCACAGCCAUACAUCUCCAUGACUGCUAUGGUCUCCGAGUUCCGAAAAUUACAUAGGGACACCAGCAUCAUGCCUUUUCUCCUGCGUACACGAGUCUUUCCCCUACCCAGUUCCAGCCCAGCAACUUUACUCGAUGUCUCCCAGAUAUCCUAAGCUUGUAGCCUUGGACUUGGAUCGAACCAUCUGGACCUCGUACCUCAGCGACAAGACGUUCGGCGAUCACGGAUGGGUUCAUGGCGAUUUGAGGAAUAACCUCGAACUUGUCAAUCCAACAACGAUUAGGGACAAGAGGAACCACUCGCACACUCUUCAUCUGGCCAACGAUAUUCCUUGGAUUAUCCAUGAUCUCCAUUCGCACGAUGUCAAGAUUGCCAUCGUCUCUCGGAACACGAACAAAGACUUGUGUGAUAGAGCGAUGUGGCACUUCAGAGCCAAGGAUAAGCAUGGUAAACCGAGGCCUCUCACUUACUUCAUCAAAUACGAUGAAAUAGUGAACGAGCCCAAGCAGAAUCACCUCCGUCGAAUUCACAGGUGGAGCAAGAUCCCUUACUCGGAAAUGCUAUUCUUCGACUCUCAAAUGAGCAACGAGAUCACGGAGGAACUCCUAGGAUUAACCUUCCACUACGUUGCCGAUACGAGAAGGGCGCUGACGAAGGAGGAGUACAAACGAGGUCUAGAGCUGUGGCGCCAUAACAGGAUCGACGCAAGGCACCACUGAAGCCGUGCUUCCUCGUUACUUCAAGUUCAAUAUGUUCUUAUGUUGCAAUGAAUAUACGUAGCGCGUCGUCAGGGCAUCUAAUCAAAGAGACAUAGAGGA